CCAUCAAAACUCUAAAGGAAGAAGUCUUAUUGGUCGGAGUAAUGGCUCAUCUCCUGUCAUUGGAAAAGGACCUGGCAUGACCGUGGAUCCAGGCUUUUCUGUGGAUGCCUUCUCCACCUCUGUCCUCACGGGAAAACUCACGACCGUCUUCCUCCCAGUCGUCUACACCAUUGUCUUUGUGGUUGGCUUGCCGAGCAAUGGCAUGGCCCUGUGGGUCUUUCUUUUCCGGACACAGAAGAAGCACCCCGCCAUGAUUUACAUGGCCAACCUGGCCUUGGCUGACCUCCUCUCCGUCAUCUGGUUCCCCUUGAAGAUCGCCUACCACGUCCAUGGCAACAACUGGGUUUAUGGGGAAGGUCUCUGCAAGGUGCUGAUUGGCUUUUUCUAUGGGAACAUGUACUGCUCCAUCCUCUUCAUGACCUGCCUCAGUGUGCAGAGGUACUGGGUCAUCGUGAACCCCAUGGGGCACACCAGGAGGAAGGCCACCAUCGCUGUCGGUGUCUCCCUGGGAAUCUGGCUCUUGAUUAUGCUGGUCACCAUCCCCUUGUAUGCUGUAAAGCAGACCAUCCGCAUUCCAGCCCUGAACAUCACCACCUGCCAUGAUGUCUUGCCCGAGGAUGUGUUGGUGGGUGACAUGUUCAAUUAUUUUCUCUCUUUGGCCAUUGGCGUCUUCCUGUUCCCCGCCUUCCUCACCGCCUCUGCGUACGUGCUGAUGAUCCGGGUGCUGCGGUCGUCUGCCAUGGACAGAAACUCGGGGAAGAAGAGGCAGAAGGCCAUCAAGCUCAUUGUCACCGUCCUGGCCAUGUACCUGAUCUGCUUCACGCCUAGCAACCUCCUGCUCGUCGUGCACUAUUUUCUGAUCAAAAGCCAGGGCCAGAGCCACGUCUACGCCCUUUACAUCGCCGCCCUCUGCCUCUCCACCCUCAACAGCUGCAUCGACCCCUUUGUCUAUUACUUUAUCUCCAAGGAUUUCCGGGAUCACGCGAAGAAUGCGCUGCGCUGUCGAAGUGUCCGCGCUGUAAAGCAGAUGCAAGUGUCUCUUACCUCGAAGAAGUUCUCCAGGAAGUCCAGCUCCUACUCGACAAGUUCAACCAGCGUGAAAACCUCCUACUGAGUUGUCCACGCCGCCCACGAGGGAAGCUUUGCAAUCACCUCAGGUCGACAUCAUGUUCUGGGUGUGUUCUGUUAUCAUUUCCUAACAGAGUGUGGCCCACCACAUGCCUCCCGGUGUUGCUAGAAGCUUCCCUGUUUGCAUGAGAUGUCGUCAGUUUGAGAAUUCCUCGAUGCAGAUGUUUCCAGAAACUGAAGUGCUGUCGGAAGUGGAUGCUUCAGACGGGGGCAGAAAGAGAAUCCUUUUUACUUGGGAAAACUGCUCAUGGCUUGAGGAUGAAUUUCUUAGCUGCAGCGCCAUUUCCUUUAUAUCCGGGGUCCAGUCUAGCCUUAUUAGGACUUACGGGCCAGGUGUCAAGGAUUAAUAGACCAAUUAAGUGAUUUUCCAGAUGAGCAAACUAAAAGGUGACCUGCUCGGAGGCAAGUUUCCAACGCUUAGCAAUGAGUCAGGGCGGAGCGGGAGAAGUCAGUGUUGAGGUGGUUCGUCUAACACUGUUGACAUCAUGGUCUUACUCAAAAAACAAAGCUGCUGUGCAGCCGAGACCGCCACAGGGUCUUCAAGGCUACGACCCUUUGGAAGCGAUGGCCAGGCCUCAGGGGGACGGAACUGCCAACCUCUCUGGGAGUAGUCAUGCACCUGACUGUCUGCGGAGCUCAGGGACGCCACCAUCCUCGUGGGGCUCCUGUCAACACGAAGGCCCUGGAGCCUCCUGAUCCCACUUCCCUCUGGACACCGGCCCACGAAUCUGCAGUUUCGCCAGGCUCUGUGUGAAGCUUCUGUCCGAGCACCGGGCACUGAGGACCCCUGGGAGUGUGUCUUCCACUAGACGAGAAGCCAGCAGCGUGCUCCCCGGCUGCUUCACUGGUCAGCUCUGAGGGACCUUCUUGACUUAGGGGACUUCUGUUUCCCGUUGAUCCUUCAGGUGCUGUUGUGUACCGCUAUUUCACGUCUCGGGAAAUGCAAGUGCAGGCCCAGGUUUCCUGUCACGUGUAUUCCCAGCGGUGGAAUCUGCCGCCUCGUCUGCGCUGUCCAGAGUGUUGACAUUAAGAAUAACAUUGACCAUUUAAUUUUUAAAAAUUUUUUAAUCAUAGUUGGGUUAUUUAUUAACAAUAUUUGUUCACCGGUUAUUAAAUAUGAAAUUAUAGAAGGCUUCCCUGGCUUUAAGCCCCUCCCCAUAUGUUUGGAAGACAGCCCCAAAGUAGGUGUGGUCUAUAACAUGCUGAAUAGAGCGCUUGACUCGAGAUGACCUGUGCACAAAUGUGGGACGUUUUAAAAGCACUGUUUUAUAGAUUGUAUAUGGGAUUGGUUUAUAAAAUAACACCUGCCUUUGUUUUUUUACAAAUGA